AUCCCGUGACGUUUCAGGGAGUCAACAGCUUCCUGUUUGGGUUGUAAGCGGGUAUGAACCGAGGAGCCUCGAUAAACUCCUCGUAUAUGCACAUUAAUCCGUGAUUUUCAAACACUUUUGUUCUGUUAAGUAAACACGCAAGCGACACAGGAUGGCAGAAACUGGAAAUCGAUUACGGAAACUGCUCGAAUCGCCCAAUUUCGACCCACAGAACUACGUGAAGCAGCUGUCACAGCAGUCCGACGGCGACAGAGAUUUGCAGGAGCAUCGUCAGAAAAUCCAAAAUUUGGCCGACGAAACGGCACAAAACCUGAAGAAGAAUGUCUACAAGAACUACAGGCAGUUCAUCGAGACGGCCAAGGAGAUCUCCUACCUGGAGAGUGAGAUGUACCAGCUGAGCCACAUCCUGACGGAGCAGAAGAGUAUCAUGGAGAGCAUCACCCAGGCCUUGUGGUCCGCGGAUAAAGAUGAGACCUCCAAAGAGAUGCAGGCUGCGUUCCCCAAAGAAACAGAGGAGGUGAAGCAGAGGACGCUCACCUCCCUACUGGAGAAGGUGGAGGGCGGUAAAAACAUCAUGGACACCCCAGGGAGGCACCUUGUCUACAAUGGUGACCUUGUUGAGUUUGAUGUAGACAACAUGUCCCCCAUCCAGAAGGUGCACGCUUUCCUCAUGAACGACUGCCUGUUGAUCGCCACCUGGCUGCCAAACCGAAGAGGAACGGUGAAGUACAAGUACAACGCCCUGUACGACCUGGAGAGCUUUGCGGUCGUCAACGUGAAGGACAACCAUCCCAUGAAGGACAUGUUCAAGAUCCUCAUGUUCCCCGACAGUCGCAUCUUCCAGGCAGAGAACAGCAAGAUCAAGAAGGAGUGGCUUGAGAUCCUGGAUGAAACCAAGAAGAACAAAGUCACCAAGGACAGGCACAAGAAAGAGGAGGAGCCGCCGACGUCCCCUGUGAGGGCUGAAGUGUCCACCAACCCUUUCGACAUGGACGACGACGACCCUGCGGAUGCUGAAGAAGGCGUGGACCUCAGCCUCGAGUGGAUCCAGGAGCUUCCAGAGGAUCUGGACGUCUGCAUUGCCCAGAGAGACUUUGAGGGCGCUGUGGACCUGCUAGACAAGCUAAAUGAGUACCUCAAAGACCAGCCGGUCAACCAGAGGGUCAGAGAGCUGCGGUUGACGGUGGACGAGCGUGUGCGGCAGCUGACGGAGGUCCUGGUGUUUGAGUUAUCUCCAGAUCGGUCACUUCGUGGAGGACCUAAAGCUACCAGGAGGGCUGUUUUACAGCUGAUCAGACUAGGUCAGUCCACAAAAGCCUGCGAGCUGUUCCUGAAUAACCGAGCCGCCGCGGUCCAUACGGCCAUACGGCAGCUUCGCAUCGAGGGAGCCACGCUGCUCUACAUCCACAAGCUCUGCAACAUCUUCUUCACCAGCCUGCUGGAGACGGCCAAGGAGUUCGAAACAGACUUUGCGGGAAACACGGGCUGCUACUCAGCCUUCGUGGUCUGGUCCAAGUCAGCCAUGAGGAUGUUUGUGGACGCCUUCAGCAGUCAGGUGUUUGACAGUAAGGAGAGUCUGUCGACGGCGGCCGAGUGCGUCAAAGUGGCGAAAGAACACUGUCAGCAGCUGGUGGACAUCGGCCUGGACCUGACCUUCACGCUGCAGUCCCUGCUGGUCAAGGACGUCAAGGCGGCGCUGCAGAGCUACAAGGACAUCAUCAUCGAAGCCACCAAGCACCGCAACUCUGAGGAGAUGUGGAGGAGGAUGAACCUCAUGACGCCCGAGGCUCUGGUCAAACUCAAGGACGAGAUGCGCAGCUGUGGCAUCGGCAGCUUCGAGCAGUACACGGGCGACGACUGCUGGGUGAACCUGAGCUACACCAUGGUGGCCUUCACCAAGCAGAUGAUGAACUUCCUGGACGAGGGCCUGAAGCUCUACUUCCCCGAGCUGCACAUGGUGCUGCUGGAGAGCCUGAGGGAGAUCAUCCUGGUGGCCGUGCAGCACGUGGACUACAGCCUGCGCUGCGAGCAGGACCCCGAGAAGAAGGCCUUCAUCCUGCAGAACGCCACGUUCCUCCACGACACGGUGCUGCCCGUGGUGGAGCGCAGGUUCGAGGAGGGCGUGGGCAAACCGGCCAAACAGCUGCAGGACCUGAGGAAGAGCAACAGGUCUGUUCGAAUCAACCCAGAGAGCACCACGUCUUUGGUCUGAGACUGACAUUUGUACAAAAAUAAAAAAGGUGAGUGAACAAAACACAUAUUCUCUGAGUGGAUUUCAGAAGAAAACAGCCAGAUAUUGGUUGUUUUUGAGACUGUGGGACAUAGCACCUGAUUUACCACUGACUUUUAUUAAAGUUCCUCUUCAUUUUGGCAAAAAAAGAUGAAAAAGUAUCUGUAUUAGGGCUGAAACUAUGAAUGACUUUCAUAAUUGAUUCAUCUGUUGAUUAUUUACCCUUAUUCACGCAGUUGUUUGGUCUAAAAAUGUCAAAAAUGGGUGAAAACCUUGAAAUAAUGAUGUUCUCAAAUGUCUUGUUUUGUCCUCAAAGCAAAAUUAUUCAUUUUUAAUGAUUUAUUUGUUAAAUGGAGCAAAGAAACCAGAAAAUAUUCACAUUUAAGAAGCUGAAAAAAACAUAAAAUGUAUUUAGUUGCAGCCCUAAUCUGUUUUCUCAUCACACUGCCAAUGGUUUGGAGGUGACUGGUUAUCAUGUUUGGUCCAAAGUCACGCUAAGUUAACUGAGGACUGAUGAAAAGGGAUGACUGAAAUAGAGAAUGCACUGGUAAAUGUUCACUGUUUUACUCCAACAGUGAAAAAUGUACACGCUUGUGUUUGAUUGUAACAUAACAUGUAAUAAAUGUCAUCACUAUGCACUACCACA